AUGUAUUCAAUAAACGGGCAGCCAUCUGUUGCUGUUAUCGGCGCAGGAUUCAGUGGAUUAUGCGCGGCAAUUCAAGUGAAGAAGCAAUUGGGCAUUCAGGCACAGUUAUAUGAGAUUUCGUCUGAUAUCGGUGGGACUUGGCAUGCAAAUACCUAUCCAGGUUGCGCUUGUGAUAUACCUAGCCCUCUUUAUUCAUUCAGCUUUGAGUUGAAUCCAAAUUGGUCACACCAUUAUAGCCCUCAGAAAGAAAUACAUGAAUAUAUGAAGGAUGUAGCACAGAAGUAUAAUAUAUAUCAGCAUACCCGUUUCAAUACAGAAGUGAUUCAGAUUGCUUGGCUAGAAGACAAACACGUCUGGAGAUUGGAGAGUCGAUCAACUAACAAUGUAGAUGAUCGUAUAGUAGUCGAAUUUUAUAAUUAUGUAUUUUUUGGUCCAGGCCCUUUGAGAGUUGUAAAUAAACCAACAGAAUUGAGAGGCUUUACUGGUAUAUCUGUUCAUACAGCUCAAUGGGACAAGUCUAUUGAUUUUGCCAACAAAACAGUCGCUGUAGUGGGAAGCGGUGCAAGUGCCAUUCAAGCUAUACCUGUACUACAAAAAACUGCGAAAAGAAUCCUUAGCUAUCAGCGGACGCCGGCAUGGAUUGUCCCAAGAGAUCAAUUCAAAUACUCUCGUUUCGUGCAAUUUGCUUUAAAACACGUUCCCUUUUUAAUGCGUUUAUACAGAAAUACGGUCUUCUUCCAGCAUGAGCUUUAUUACAUUGGUUUUGGUUACCACGGUUCUUUCAUCAGCAAAAUGGUCCAGAAACUCUUUGAAAAGUUGACAGCGUACAGAUUGAAGAAGGCUGGGCGUAUGGACCUUAUACCUAUCUUGACCCCAUCCUAUCCUUUAGGGUGCAAGCGUAUAGUGAAAUCUGAAAAUUACUUAGAAGCUUUGGCCAAACCUAAUGUAACAGUGAUUCCAAGAGCUGUGAAAGAAACCUUUGGAAAUAUUGUCGUGGACACUGAAGGAAAUAAAGAAGAAGUCGACGUUCUUGUCAUGGCCACGGGGUUCAACGUUCAAGGAUUUCUUGGAAAUUUACAAAUCUACGGUAGACAAGGCUUAUCUUUACAAGAAGAAUGGCUCUCUAAUUUCCCAGAAAUGUAUAAAGGAACAACAAUUCAUGGUUUUCCUAAUUUUUUCCUGUUGCUAGGUGCCAAUGUUGGUUUAGGUCAUAACUCAGUGGUGACAAUUAUUGAAUGUCAAGUCAACUUAGCAAUCAAAUUAAUGAAACACGCAAUCAAAAGCAACAUUAUUGCUUUAGAGCCUAAGUUGGAGGCACAGAAACAAUAUGUCGCAAAAUUGAGGAAUAGUUUUAAGGGUACCGUAUGGAAGAGUGGUUGUAGCUCUUGGUAUUUGAAUAAGGAUGGAGAUGUAUUUGGACUGUGGCCCGGAACGGUUACAAGUUUCUGGUGGAAUACUAAGCGUGUUCCUCUGGAUAGCUUUAUACAAUAUAGGCUUUAG